ACGUGUGCCUCAGCCGUGCCUUUAGCUAACCAUCAGCACUUACCAUUGCAGUUGACAAUACCCCUUACCCUACGUAUACCUACUCGACAUAUACAAGUAUACCCUUGACCGCAGAUGAUCUCCACCAGAGCAGCAACAAGGGGAUCAACCACCUCGAAGCGGGCUACGGCUCAGCUUAUCAAAUCCUUCCAGAGUUACAAUGCUGGAUUCCGCCCCACCUUCGUUGCGGUACAGCACUUCCAAUCGCCAAUUGGUCAGAGACACUUCACGUCUUCGCCCAACGGUGGAGCCAAGAUUGUAGAGUUCUUCGAGAAGCACCCUACAGAGAAGGUCCGCAAGACGCAUGCAGCAUGGCCCCAUCCAGUAUACACCGAGGAGCAGAUGAACCAAGUCACGAUCGCGCACCGGGAAGCGAAGACCAUGUCCGACAAGGUCGCCCUCAUCGCGGUAAAGAUCCUACGGUGGGGUCUUGACAAAGCAACUGGAUACAAGCAUCAGAAGGCUGUGGACGUGGAUGCCAAAGACCCGCUGGCAAAGCGAAAGGCUUUCGCAAUGAAUGAAGAGAAGUAUCUGAUACGGAACGUCUUCCUGGAGAGUGUUGCUGGUGUACCCGGCAUGGUGGCUGGCAUGCUUCGUCACUUGCACUCCAUGAGACGAAUGAAGCGCGACAACGGAUGGAUUGAGUCGCUACUCGAAGAAAGCUACAACGAACGAAUGCACCUACUCGUCUUCCUCAAGAUGCAAAAGCCAGGACGCUUCAUGCGUCUGAUGGUGUUAGGCGCCCAAGGAGUCUGGUGCAACGCAUUGUUCUUCGCCUACCUACUCAGUCCCCGCACCGUCCAUCGAUUCGUAGGAUAUCUCGAAGAGGAAGCCGUCAUCACAUACACACGUCAGAUCGAGGACCUUGAUGCAGGACGCCUGCCCAAGUGGGCGAAGAUGGAGGCACCCGAGAUCGCGGUAGACUACUGGCAGAUGCCUGAAGGCCACCGUACAAUGCGAGAUCUGCUCCUCUACAUCCGCGCAGACGAAUCCAAGCACCGAGAGGUUAAUCACACGUUCGGUAACCUCGACCAGAAGGAAGACCCUAACCCAUACGUGAGCGAAUACCGAAACCCAGAAGAGCCUCAUCCGACCAAGGACCUUGCCCACAUGAAGCCGACUGGCUGGGAGAGACACGAGAUCAUCUAAGAACUUUCAUUACUUUGUUUGUUAGCGACUUGCUCGGCAUACACGGCGUCUUUGGUUUCCAUUCUCCGCUCUCUUACAAAAUUGCAUUUCGGCGUUACAAGACACCUUGGAAGGUUGGAAAAACGAUACCCAGAUCACGACGGGUGUCAUGAGGAA